AUGGGCAGACACCAGUACAGUCGGUUACCAGAGUCCCGCGAUAAUAUUGCGCUCGCAUGCGGUUCAUCUCUGCGGGUGCACUUUAAGAACACGCGAGAGACUGCAGCUGCGAUCAAGGGCAUGCGUUUGGAACGAGCGAAAACUUACCUGCAGAACGUGAUCGCGAAGAAGGAGAUCGUGCCGUUUGUGCGCUACCGCUACGGCGUUGGGCGGAAGGCUCAGGUGAAGCAGUGGGGCAUUCUUGGCGCCUCGGGUCGAUGGCCUAAGAAGAGCUGCGAGAUCCUCCUGGAUUUGCUACGCAACGCCGAGGAAAACGCCAAAGCCAAGGGACUCGACACGGAUACCUUGGUAAUUCGGCAUAUUCAAGUCAAUCAGGCCAUGAAGGGAAGGCGAAGAACAUACAGGGCGCACGGUAGAAUCACAGCGUAUAAGAGCAACCCGUGUCACGUCGAGUUGUGGCUGCAGCCAAAACAGCAGGAACCUGUUCCAAAGGCGUCCGAGACGGGUAUCGUUCUACGAGCGGACGGUCGCAGUCUCCGCAGUGCGGUUCGGGGCCGGCGUCUCGCGGACGGAGCAACAGCCGCUCGCACGUAA